AUGACGGGACAUGAAUUUACGUUAGAGUUACUUCACCGUAAUCCUCUAAAAUGUCUUGAAGUGCUACGCGUGUCCCGUGAAUCAUUUGUCCGACAAUGUGCUCAUUUUAGAGUAAACUACGCGUUAAAGGAUAGCAAACAUGUGUCGGUUGAGGAGAAGAUGGCUAUGUUUUUGAUGAUGAUCGGUUAUAACCAACAUUAUGUGAUUAUCAAGUGGAGAUUUCAACACUCAAAGCAAACAAUUCAUAAGUUUUUUCAUGAAGUGUUGUACAAAAUGUUGCUUUUCGCACAUGACAUUAUAGUAGCAACUUCUUUUAAUCUGAAUCCAAACAUUCCGGGACAUAAUAGGAGGCUACGACGCAUGUUCAAGGGAGCAGUUGGUGCACUUGAUGGCACUUUGAUACAUGUUGUUGUCCCUGCAAACAAACAUGAUUUAUAUAGAAGUAGGGGUAAAGGUGAUUGUUACCAAAACGUAUUGGCAAUAUGUGACUUCAACAUGAUGUUUACUUUUGUUGUGGCCGGUUGGGAAGGGAUAGCACAUGAUUCUAGAAUUUUAUCAGAAGCAUUAUCAAAUCCACAUGCACCAUUCCUGCUUCCACCAUCAGAUAAAUAUUAUCUUUGUGAUGCCGCCUAUGCAAACAUUCGAGGUUUUAUGGCACCAUACCGUAAUGUCAGAUAUUGGCUUGGAGAUUUACGUCAAAGACGUGCAUUAACGAAUAAAGAAAAUUUUAACCAUGCACAUGCAAAACUUCGGAAUGUCAUUGAGCGUGCUUUUGGUGUCUUGAAAGCAGGAGACCCUAUAUUGAAGAGGAUGGCUCCAUUCUCGUUGGUUACACAACGAAACAUUACCCUUGCAUGUUUUGCACUUCAUAAUUUUAUAAGAAGAGAGGGACUACAUGAUGAGUAUUUUGCACGAUAUGAUGAACCAAAUGUCUCGGUUCGGAAUAACAAUGCAGUUGUUGAUAAUGACGAAGAUGAGAUUCCAACACAUGGUACUACAGCGGAUCGUGAAUAUAUGACCCACAGCCUACAGACGUUAGAAAAACAAACAUGCUUCUCAUUACAGUCUGCAGCACUUUGGUCCACCUCUUCUGCUGCAGAGGGUUGCAGAAGUGGUCUGCAGACUUCAGACAAUUUCACUUCAGAAAAACAAACAGCACCUUAG